AUGGAUGAAAUUUUAAACUUCAAAGUAUACGGAAAUCGCAGUGACGAAGACGACGACAUGAAUUACACUGGCACAUUGCUCGGUAAAAGUUUUUCUUUUUGGGAAAAAAAUGGUUCUAUAAUGCUGCCAGGAGAUAUUAAUGUACAGUGGAAAGAUUAUCGAGAAAUUGUCCAACCGGACAAAGCAAGUUUCUGGGUGAUGCUAGGAAGCUUGUUAUUAUUUAUUGUGUGGAUUAUUUUCAUAACAUACUAUAUGUCUCGAGUUAUUGGUCCAAUCGUUGCAUUUGUGCUUACACGAAUUGCUCAUCUGAAAGGAUAUGAUUUACAAAUAUCGAUAGGUUCAUUUUCCAUAAGUUUCCUUUCCGGUAAAAUAAUGUUUCGUGAUUUUCGAUGUAUGUGCCAGAAUUUCUUACUUUGUUGUAACGACGGAUGGAUUAUCUUUUCGUAUUGGAAUUACAUUCCAUCAGAUUAUGCACAUAAAAGUAAUAUUUCGAGAUUGCACAUAUCAUUGAAUGGCCUACAGCUGCAUAUAUAUAAUCGUUUAUCAAAUUAUCGGUCUUUGGCAAGAUAUUUUGGCCUUGAAAAAUUGUUUCUUCCCAUGAAGGAUGAAAAUGACAAAGUGCGACGGUUUACAACAGAAGAAGAACAGGAAUGGGACAAGUGUUACGACAAUUUGUGGUCUUUAAUUGGAUAUAUUAAAUUAGACAUCAGUUCGGGACGUCUAGUUGCUGGAAAUGCGCUUUUGCCGUCAAUGAUUGUUUCAUCUUUUGAAAAUUAUACGUCGGAAAUUUCACUCAAGGAAUAUGGCAAAGGUGAUGACGUGGCGUUACUUAGCAUUAUUGGUGGCGCAGAAAAUGUUCGUGUCACACUGGUGCAGUGUAGUCAAUUUUCGGAAAAAAAAUCACCAAAUUGUAAAAGUCGAUGUGAUCCACCACCCCGAACAAUGGGUGAUGGUUUCGCGAUUGUUCAAACGGCGCAUCUCAAUUUCUUUUAUAGUCAAUCUAUUCUGGGCGUUGUGAAGGAAGGUCAACAAUCAAUGACUGAGGAUCUUCCCAUUUGGGAAUCUGUAUGGCGAUUCGAUAAAAACACUGUUUUUUCUUAUGGUCCAUGGGCUGACGCGCAGCGUGUUCUUCUAUAUGAUUUUUUCUUCCCACCGGAAUAUCGUAAUUUGGAAGUAACAGCAAUGCCGAAGGAAGGUGAACGACGAAUUUUGUUAUCGCAUGAUAUAAGAAUUUCACUCUGGAAUGACGCAGCGAUUGACAUUUGCUUUAUGAGAGGGGACGAACUGAAUGCUCUGCAUUUGCUAGUUAAACAGGGCUCAUCUGUUGAUUUGAAAUUGCCCUGGGUAACAACAGACAAAGGAUAUGAGACUAUUCUUCGUUGCUGCUUUCUAUUUGUUGAAUCGUCCACUUCUCUUGCAUAUCCCAAAUUUUUCCAUUGUGAAACUCUGCGUUUAACACUCAAUGUUCAUUGUCCACGCGUUUUCAAUGGAUAUCAAGUGUGGAAAUGCGCCAUUAAAAUUAAUAAAGCCAGCACUUGGGCUGUGUGGGAUCAUAAGCAUUUCUUUGUUGAUUUGAUCAAUGAAUGGACUUCAAAUUCACCUAUGGAUUUGUUCAAAUUCAUCCCAUAUACAUGGGAAUUCGAAAUUAAUGCUAUGGAUAGUUUUGAACUUACACUAUUGCUAAAUGAACACAAUUGGAUUGAUGCGAGUUCUUCAGUAUCGGCGGAGAAUCAUUUAGCUGCUAUUGUGGGCGAAAAUGUUACAAUAUCAUUCAUAUUACCAUUUCUCGACUUCUACCCUAAAACUAUAACAACUGUUUACGAAAUUAAGACUCAAGGUAUGGUUGCACUACGUACAUGGUUACCAUCUAAAAGUCCUCUCUACAGUGUUCUGCAUUCUCUUCUCAAAUAUUCCUCUUUCACUACCACUUCUUCAUCAGUCAAAGAUUUACCAGCUGUGUUACAUUUAGCGCAGGAUUGGAUAGAAUUGUGGAGAACUGAAACGAUCACACUUUUGCUUAAAUACGCUAAUCAUCCUUUGUAUUACGAUCCACCAUCUGAUCUUCCGCUCAAUGUAAUCAAAUCAACAACAAAAAACCAAGCGGCUCCAAUUACUUUAUCUCCUGAUCAGUUAUCGCUCGAGAUUGAAAUAAGCGAUUCCGAAAUCAUACUGGUAGGCCUGCUCAUCCGUUUCAUUAUUGAUCUGAAAAAUAAUUAUUUUGGACUAUAUGAUCAGCUCACUGAUGUCGGAAAAAUUAACAGCGACACGUCACCGAGCCCACUUUACGGCAACAACAUUUCCAGUGAAUGUGAGCGAUACCGACCGCUGUCGUUGCGUCUCUGCUUACGCAUUGGUAAAAUUAAAGGACUUUGUUUGGUUCACAGUUCAAAAAUGAAUCCAAAUCUAGAUAGCUCCCCAGAGGUUCGAGUUGAUGAAUUAGUUUUGGAAAUUGUUAAGGAUGCAUACGGUGCAAUGGUUCAGGUUGGUUUUGGGACGGCUUCAAUAAAAUUCAAGCCAUCCCACGAAUUUCCAAAUACUGUGAAUAGUUUAUUGGUGCUGGAAACAUUUUCAUUUCGUGGCCAGGCCUUUUUUUCUGAUGUGGAUAUUCCAUGGGACGCUUUAACGCUUGAAUAUGGUUGGCUUAUGGAAAUUUCUGCUGGACAAUUGUUUGGUGAACUCCAUUCCUCCCAGAUUGCUGUACUUGUGCAGUGUAUCGAAUCGUUAGUUGUAUUGGCUGUUUGCUCCGAUGAUAAAUUAUUAAUACCUGAAAAAUAUGAUUUUUGCAUUCAUAUGAAUGACCCUCGCACAUGUCCAUAUGCUGCAUUAAACUUAGUUCAUCGGAAAGCACCAGUUCAAAACUGUGAAUCUGAAGAGAACUUAAAAUACAAAUCAUUACGAAUUAGCAUUGAGCAAAUGAAAGUAGCUAUUACGGAGGAACGAAGUGCAUUUCAAUUUGAACUGUCACCGAUCCGUUUGGCUUAUUGCAGUUGUCAUAAUGCAUCAUUUUGCUCUAAUAUUCUUCUAAAAUUUCCUUCAAUUCAACUGAAACAGUUUAUAUCUGUUUUGGCAAAGGAUGUCGAAAAGUGGAUUGAAUGUGGCUCUAUUUUGUUGGGUGACAUAACUUUCGAUGUGUGCUUGCCUUAUCAAAUGUCUGAAGGACAUCUAAUCUUGGAGCAGAAAAAUUUCCUUAAUAAACACGAUAAACGUACCAAAAGACUUUAUUUCUUAUGGGAUAAUACGAAUAGUUGCGCCUGCUUUGGUCAUACUUGGUUUUUUGGUCCUGUCGAUAUAGUUGGGUUGUCAUUCAUGCGCGAACUUAAUAAGCCUUCUUUAUGCAGCAAUAUUAGAAGUGAGGAAAAUGUGCAACCUGUUAUUGGUCAGAGUAUUAUUUAUGAGAGUAGAUGGAUGAUCAGUACGAGAAAUCUAGUGGAGCGGAAAAGUCCCGCUGUAAUCGAAGAAAGUAGAAAAGAGGAAACUAUUACUGGAAGGAAGACAUCCUCUAACGAUUCGUUCCAUUCAGCACUUUCAUCAACUGAUGUUAAUGUCUAUCAUCACAUGGUUGGUCCAAUACUCUCAUCGACAAUCCUUCAUGAAAGUUAUGCUUCAUUUUUGAGUGUUUACGAAAAUGGAAUCACAACUGAUAGUAAUUCGAAAUUGUUAAAGUCCAACUUCUUCCGAAAGGUGACAUCUGGAAUCAAUGAACUUACAUUAACAAAACACGAAGAGAAGCAGAAAUUAGCUAUGAAAAAAGAUGUCAGUGCUACUAAAUCAUCUCUUGAUGCUGAUAUUUCUGAUCAACACACGAUGAAAAUAAAUGGCAUUUUAGGUAGUCAGUUGCAUAUUUUUAUAACACCGCUGGCUUUAGAAGUGACACAACGUAUUAUGGAGCAGAUAUCGGCUGGGUUCAUGCUUGUAAAUCCAGUUUUUAUCGUUCAGCAUCUUUACACCUCGUGUUCCUUCCAACAUCAUUCCCAACCUCUUACAAAUGACCUAAUUAAAGAAUUAAAUAACAAAAAAGGUCAAUCGCGUUUGCAAGGCAGUAUUGCGUUUCCUGACAUUAAUAUCGUUUUCUUCCAAUGUGGAAUGAUUGAAAAAACUGUCCACUCGUCAUCACUUGAAGAUUCUGUAUCUCGUCUAGCUCGAAAUAGUGUUAUUCUACUACGUUUUCACAAGACCCUUUUAUUUCUUUCAAGCAACGACUCUCACAGAAAGAAAAGUUUUCCUGGAAUGGAAUUUACCUUGAAAGGUCAUGCACAAUUUCUCCAGCUGGUUGAGUCAUGGAAAUUAGAUUUCGCCUACAAUAAGUCUUUUUCCCUUAAAUAUUCUACAAAUUGGAACCAGCUUAAUUUAAGCAACCGUUUUAAUGGGUAUGAUCUAAGAGUUGUUAUAGAUAGUGAACUUCCCGAUCUGACGUUAAGGGUAAACAAUAAUGGAGUGAAUAGUAAAUUACACUCGUCAGGUACACAGGAUCAGCUAUCUUUGUUGAUCGGACCUUGUGGAUUAACAAUUGGUUUAUGUAAACCAAUUGGGCAAACAACCAGCAUGGAAUGGCCAUUUUUCGAUGUAUUUGCACCUUGUAUAACUUCUUGGAUAUAUGCUAUUGAUCGGUUAAGCGAAAGCUUAACAAAAAAUAUAGCAGCUGUGGAUGAAUGGAUAGAUUUUUCAUUAAUCAAAUUGCUAUUGGAAGUGAUGGAUUGCAGCAAUGGUCAGCUAUUUGCAUUCGAAAAGAGCUGUUUUUCGGAUGUGCAACUAUAUCAUAAGGCUGCAGCUUCGUGUCCCAGUUGUAUGUUAACGACAAUUUUAUUACGUUAUGCUGUCCAGGAGGAUCUCAGCGAUUGUUGGCAACAAAUGGAUUAUUCGGAAAUGCGACAUUAUUUGAACGAAAGACGAAGAAAGCAAGCAUUAAUAGCUUUACUCAGCCACUGGCAAACUAUAAUUUGUUCACAAGUUAAGAUUUCAAAUGUUGAAUUGGCACACAGAUAUCUUAAACAUCAUCUAAAAAAUGCAACAAGUUCACAUGAAGUUCGUAUAACUGUUGAUUCGAAGCAGUUGAGUAGUGUUAUUGAUAAAAAUGAUUGUAACAGUAGUGCUCGUUCAACUGCCGAGUCCCAUCAAAUGGAUUUAUACCACUGGAUUUUGGCUAAGCAUCUUGAACAUAAAGAAGCGGCAACAAGAAAUAGAACUACCAAGAAGCUCCUGGAUGAUGCACCAAUAAAUGCCAUGGAAAUUGCUUUAUCUGCCUUCUUUUGGAAUUUUUAUAAGGCACGCGGGCUUGAGUCUUCAAAGGCAAAUAUUCUGCUGCCAGUGGCUAACGUUGAUGCUAAGUUUUUGGUUGAAUUAGUAUCGCUGAAGAUUGAUAUAUUGGAACCAAAAAUGAUUUCUGCAUCGAAUGUCAACUAUUUGUCAACAACUAGACAUCACUUACUGCACUUGGAUUCACUUGAUAUGAUGGGACAGAUUCACACAAAACCACGUUUUGAUGAACUUAAACUUCAGCCUAUAAGGAUUUCCAUAUUUUUGUCGUAUAAUUCAUCUGUGCAGAACAUUCACACCGUAUUUCCCUUUGUGGCUGUCUGUCUUUUCAACGAUCUUUUACGUGUGACUCGUUCUUGUACAUCAGCUUUUGCACAUUUGAAGAUGGCCAGAACACCAAAGGAAACAAUGUGCAUUUCAAAAUCUCCUUCAGAUCUUACAGUUUCCGAAUUUGGUAUUAUUAGUUCAACAUAUUGGUUACAUAAUGUGAUCGAUAAAUUACAAGAUUAUUUGGGUUCUCGAACUAGCAUAAUACAGUUCAAUGAUGAAAUCUUAGAAAUGAAAGUGGAUGGCAAUAUGGAUAUUAAAGUUGCUGUUCUUGAAAUGACACUUACCCAUCUGUAUAUUUCAGCGACAUUGAGAAGGACACGACUUGAACAUAUGAAUCGACGUGAUAAGAUGACAGACAAUAAGAUAUUGGAUGAGUUGAAUGCUUCUAUUCAACGUGCUAAUCUGAUUUUAUCCGAAUUUGUGAUGGGUCGCGAUGCUAAGCAUAUCGUUAGCUUUUUGGUGAAGACGAGUUCGUUAAACUUUGAAAGGGAGAAGUAUAUUAAAGGUUCAGUGAGAAGUCGUAUUAAAGUGUUGAUUGGUGAUGUUGAGGGUGAUACGCCUAUUUAUGCUCAGAAUCUUCAUGAAGUGGUUCUCAGGAAUGUUUCGCAAUUGAAUGAACAGAUAACUCGUUUGGAAUACAACUUCCCAACGCCUGUUGGUGAAUAUUCAGCUCAUUUGCAACAACGACAAGGUGUAGUGGUUGUGAAUUUUGAACUUCUAAUAAGCAGCAUUGAAUUGUCUGCUCAAUUACUGCCUUCACUGAAAGUCAAGUAUCGACUUGAUGAGGCUCAAAGUUGUGGAAAUACAGGAUCAGCAUCGAAAUUUACUGGCCGAAUUAAAAGCCACGUUGUUCAUUUCACUGUCGUUGCACCUAAUGAUUCGUUGAAUUCGGACACCUUUACGCUAGUGCUUCCUCACAUUUCUGCUGAUGGAGCAUAUCGCAUGCCGGAGAAAAUUGAACUUAUGGAUGAAAUGGGGGACGAAAAUUUUCUGUUCAGAGAGGGAGGAUACAUCGAUGUAAUGUUGACAAUCGGUAAAUUAGAACAUGUAUUCACGACAGAUUUGCUUAAUCAAAUUCUUUUUGCGGAACAAUGCUUCCGUGCUGAACUCACUUCGCUGAUCGACAGAAUCCUUGACGACAGAACAGUUCCUCCACCAACACCAUCCGAACAACUCCCUUCACAAGAUCCAUUCCUAUUCACUAUUACAGCAAGUUUCGAUCUAUGUUCUUGUCUACGCGGUGAGACAGCUCCUUGGCUUCAACUCACUGCUAGUACACCAACUUCAAUUGCAGUCCGAUUAACAUUUGAUAAUAUCACAGCUACUUUAACCAAUCGUUGGACACAGAAAGGAGUUAAGUCAACGAAAAGAUUGUAUGGGAAAGCAGUAAUUGGCGUGAGUGCUAAACUUGGUCUUUUGGUUAAAACUGCCAUGUUUGAAGAGAUUGAAACUGAGCUGCAAGAAUUUGCGACGUUUAUGACACAGAUAACCUUGCAAAAUAAGAGUAACACCAGCGUGACAUCUGCAUAUAGUUAUGUUGUUACGGUAAAUCGUUCAAUUCUUCUCAUUAAGUCGUCGGCAAUCGAUAAAGCGAUCUUAUUGUGGCUAAAUUACAAAAAUACUUACGACUUUUGGCAUGAAGAACGGAAGAAAAUGUUAAAAUCGGCAAGACGAUUGUCUCUUAUGUCGACUCAUGCUUCAACACCUCAAAGUGCAGAAUCAGGAGUGAAUGUAAGUUUGUCGUUGAAAGUAACUAAUGGUAUCUAUGUCUGUAUGCCAUUAUAUAGUGCAGAUCUGAGUGAAAAUCUCUCUGCACUACUUAUUUCGCUGCAAAGCACGGAUAUCAGCGUUUGUGUGAAGAAAGAAUUGGUGUGUCAAGCAACGUUUCAUAAAUUUAAAGUCAAAUUUAUUGAUAAUUUCGAUGAUCAGGCUCUGAAUGAUACUUGGAUCGAGGAGGAACCUGGCGACCCAUCACGUUCAAAUUAUUUCUAUUUUCCACAAGGUACUUAUCAGCUUGUUUCACGUGCAACGGCUGCUUUUGAUUCAUCCGAGAAUGCUAAGUGGACUUUAUCAAUAAAAUGGCAAAUGUGUGGAAUGGUAAUAGAUCUUGAUCAACGCAUCGGCAAGCAUGCAUCACUUCUAAUUAGUACUUUCUCAUCGCUUACGUCUGACAUCAGCGAAGAUUGGGAAGAAUUGGGAAACGAAUCAUCUGUCGUCUAUGAUGGUGAGGAUGAACAAGAUGCUGAAAUCGAUGCUACCGGUGAGCUUGGAAGUCUUGCGCAACCCGAAGAACGAAUUCAAUGGCUAGAGAGAAAAAUGCACGAACAGUCGGUUUUGGUCACCGAUUUGAUGCAGUGUGGAGCAUCGGAACCGGCUAUCGAAAAGGAAAGACGAACGUUACGUAAAUUAGAGUCAGCUCGAUUUAAGCAGUUUCGAAAAUCGAUAAUUGAAAAAUUAAAACGUAAUGCUGUUCGUCAGCAGAAAAAAUUAAUGGAGCCAAAAAAGUUUGUCAGAACUCAUGAAACAAAGCAGAUGGCAAAUAUAUUCUCGUCUGAACAGUCGGAUGGUCCGUCAGAGAUGUCUUCUAUUGCGGCAAAGAAAAACGCAUCGCUGGAUUUACAACUCGGUGGAUUACGUAAAACUUCGGAGAGAGGAUCGUUAAGCGGACGUUCAUCAGAGAGUAAUGCUAUGGCAAGUACGGUAGAUAUGAAUAUCGAUGUGCAGGUGGGUAUCGAAUCUGGUUCAUGUACUUUGCGAGCGCUGGGUAAAGAAGAAAGCACAGGUCUUCCGUCGAAACGUCCAUCUGCACGAGAUCUGAGGUCAAAAAUGGCACAAACAAGUGAACCUGUAGCGGUCACAAAAUUUGCAAUUCCGAGUGUUGACAUCAGAGCUUAUUAUACAUCGCUGGAUACGGGUCAGAUCCAUAAACAAAUACCUCGUCAUGUCCAAGCGACGUUUUCGCAUAAAUAUGGACGAUCAAGUCAGUGGCGUCGACCAGCCUUUUAUCUUGCAAUCGAGUUGGCAAGUAUGCCGCAAGAAUCGCUAAUAACGCCACAUCUCGCUGAUUUCCUUGAGCAAGUAUUUGCAACAAUUCCUGAAAAUAAUGUUAAUUCAUCGUUAAAUCUUUCAAACAUGAAUCUGAAUGAAAUGAGUGAUUCUGAUGUAUCGAUUGUCGAAAUGGAUGCCUCUGUAAUUCCCCUCGAUGUUUUAUUCCAUUUGACUGUGCAGUCUUCUGCAAUUCGAUUUGAAGGUCAACAGCAGCGAACAGCUGCAGCUGAUUGUUUGCUAAAGCUUCCAUCACUAACACUGAUGGCAUCAACAAGACCGCAUUGCGAAGGAGCAAUUGGGAGGGCUGGUAGUAGUGGUAGUGAUACAGGUGGAGGUGGAAUACAUGUUGCUGCAACAUUAAGUGCUUUCUCGUUGAAUAUCUACAGUCCACAUCAACGUUCUACAGCUCAAGAUGCUCUUCUGCUAACACUUGAUCAUUUAUCGAUCCUAGCUUCGAGAAGUAAAAAUAGUCGUCUGGAAUCGGACAACAAAGUUCAGUUCGUUUUAACUGCGAAUGUUGGAUCAGCUAAUUUCAAUUAUGAUAUGCGUCGCCUUGCGGAAUUGAUUUCCUUUCCGAAACCGUGGUAUCGGCAUACUAUUGUACAGAGAUUGUUCUUCGGAGAUCAUUCCGUGAAAACUCCAACUUAUAAUACUGAGACACCGCUUGUCAUGAGUCACGUAUCAUCGAGACCACUUUCUAAUAAAGUUCCAUCAACGCAAGAGGUCCUGAAGAAAAAGGAUUGGAGUGCUGCUAUAAUAUGUGGUGUAGAAUGGAAGGAGCUCAAUAUCAGUGCGCAAAUGGCUAAUACCAUGGGCAAUACGAAAUUGAUUUUACGUGAGGGUGUUUUGCAUGGUUAUUGUCAGCUUAAUUCAAAACAAGAUCGUUCAAUUUCUAUCAAUUUCGGUUUGGAAUCAGCUGUGUUAUCAGCUUACGGGGGUGUAAUAUCAGGCGAAAUUGCUAUCACAUCUUUACACAUUGCAUGCAAAAAUCAAACAGCUGCUUUGUUAAUUAAGACACAAUUGUUUUCACAGAAACCGCCUCGAAAUUGUGCAAAGUUAGAGUUAACGGAAGUUCAAAGUCGAAUUGAAUGGAUGAGUCGACCAAUAUUCAUUGCAAAAUGCGAAAAACCAUCAGUCACGUUUUUGGAUGAAUGGAUAUCACUUUUUGACGAUGCAGGCGAGGCUGUGAAAGCAUCUGUGGCUGUCAAUAUUUCUUGUACUUGGUCAGAUUUGCAACUGAUUAUAACAAAAGUAACAGCAGAUGACCUCAUAAAGAUCGCUCAAAAAUUGCAGUCGUUCUUUCAGGAGCAGUUAACGAAUAGUCGAAUGGUAUGGGGUAUUAGAAGCUCUAUAGUAGUGGAUAAAGCUUCUCCGGAAGUUGACGAUAAGAAUUUUAUAAAUUUCACCAAAUAUCAUCAUUGGCAAUCGGUGCUCGAUAUGCUAACACAUAUUCAAUCUCGGCAAAAACUUUUACCAAUGCCAAAAAAUUCUGAUGGGAUGACCAUUGUGGGUGGUGUAUUGGAACUAUCUGGACAAAGUUUAUCUUUGGCUUGCAUGCAUGGAGAAAUGAACGCCAGUAGCUGGGCAUUGUUCCAUAUGCGGCAACCAACAAUCAUAUUUGAACCAGAAGCACGAUACAUCUUUGUUAAUGAUAGUCGAGAUGUCGGUGUGUCAGUUGCUCAACGACUUAACAUCAGGCUCGGUGAUAUGGCAUAUCAACGUGGUGAUACCGAAUGUAUGGCUAUUGUGUGUCGUGUUCAGCAGAGUAGAGGAAGUAUGGUACGGCAAAUGAGUUCAGUACUGGCAUGUCUUCAUCAUGUUAUUGGCGAUGUACUUAUGAGACUGAAAUACAUUCCGUCUAAUUUGAAUCAGCCUGCUGCGCAUCAUUCUGUGCUUCAAUUAUUCCAAUUCCCUGCAUUGGAUGCUGUCUUAUCGACGUUGCAGAAACAAGGGAUAGAAGCUGAUGAAAGGCUUCCAGCACCUGAGGUGCACAGCUCAUUCAUUUGCGAAUUUCAUGAUUCGGUAAAUGUUCAAACGGAUUUCAGUGCACAAGUCAGUUUUUUGCCCGAACUGAUCAAUACAUAUAUGAAAACUAAGACAAAGGAGGAAAAAGCUGUUGAUGUAAAUCGUGAUUUCCGUCGAUUCAUCUGUGAACGAUGGGUAGUGGACCCGAAAAUUUGCUUCAUCGAUCGUUUUAAAUGGAAUCCUCCUGUUAUCGAUGAGAUUUUGCGUAAACUGCAGAUAUUUGACCAUCGAACAACGAUACCGAAAGCAUUACAGCGCGGACUUCUCGAUCCAUGUGAUGCUUUUUUGGCGCAAAUUGAAUUAUUUAUCCUGUUGACUGUCAACAAGUCGUCUAGAAGAACAUCUUUUUAA